AUGCAUAAGCGCAAAGACGUGCGCUCCCUUUCUAAAUCCAUCCGGGCUGAACUUCGAAGGUUAAACCCUUUAUACACCCGUGCUCAGCGUGACAACAAAGGGGGUCGUGAGACCUGGCAAGCCCUCAUGCGGACUUCUGGCAUCAAAUCCUCACACCGUUCAACUGCUGCGAUUACUUCAAAAUCUAAAGAUCCUAAUCGUCGCACAUUGAAUACUACAUAUUUAACACGAAGUGGUGAAAUUUUUCUCUACACCUCGGCUCAAGAAGUCCAGCCAUGGCAAAGUCAGGUGACAGCAGCCGAACUGAAUCGUUUGGCUGACAAACGGGCCACUAUGAGCAAAGCAAUCGAAGGUGAGGAAACUCGCAAAAAGGUUCUAGCGGAUACACUCGAAUUGUCGGGGUUGCUUAAAAUGAAUACAGAAUUUCCGUCUUCCUGGCUCUCACCUGCACGGGAAACGAUACCACCGAUUGCCAUCAAAGAAGGUCUGUCCGUGUCCGAGUUUAUUCAAAACAAUCGCUCGAGAAAUCAGCGCUCAUUCAAAAUUCGAGACCCUUUUGGAUUCAACUAUGAACCGUUGAAUGCUCCUCAUCUAGACGAAACCGGCGAAUCUCAAAACCGUAACAAUCCUCAAGAGGUGACCACAGAUACGGUUGAUGCAGCCAUCAAAAUGAAUAAACGGCGUGCGCUCAACAUUCAUCGAAUGUAUAAUCCGAAAGAAGCUAAUCAUAUUCCAUUUGUACUGCCUUCUAUCGAGUUGAAUCCAAGCAACAGUUGCACGCGUGCCAGUAGCCGUUUGCUUCUUUCAAGAUCUAGCUUUGCUAGUGAAACUUUACCGUUCGUGGACGGACAGUGGAGCGAUGAGUCCACGGAGCAUGAUCACGGAUUCUUGUUGAACUCUUUGAACUCCGCGGAGAACGGCGACGCGGAUGAGGAGGACGCUGACUGGUCCUACGAAUCCACUCGAUCUUCGUCAAUGGAUGAGAGCCAGUUAGCUCACGCGAACGGAGUAGAACGUUACCGAUCGGUUGGUUACAGUCUGGACAGCACAAUGAUCGAGUCGGCUCCAGACUAUCACGCGCACAAACAAAUCAAUGUGAACGCAGUUUGUCCAGAAAGCACAAUCCCGGUGGCCGAGCGUAGCGCUAGUGCGAAUCAGGUAAUGACACCCAGUCUGACUACCGCAGCCACUACGACCACAUGUGCCAGUAGUCGAUGGUCUCGAAACACACCAAAUCCUAAUUCCCAUGUCCUCUAUUCGCCCAAUCGGAUAACACCAGCCUCAACACCAUCACGAAAAGCGAACACACAGACCAGCUUAUUGGAAACAGCCAAAAUGUUAUUGACCGAAUCAAGCAAACUGGAACCCGUUGGGGGUACUAUUCCGUCACCACGAGAUCACUCAGCAAACUAUCUGUCUGCGUCUAUUUAUCUACAGAAACGACAACGUGAAGCAGCUGAAUUGCAGAGGCAAAUCACUGCCCUGGACGCGACUAUUGAACGCCUGUAUACGCGUACACGGGAGAAAACGAUUUAUUUGAACUCGGUGGUGAAUGACACAUUUCACCAAAUCCAAAACAGUGUCAGUCAACGAGCCGCUCAACGACGGAACAAACAGUGUCAGAAACGUAAAGUUACAUCGGAACUGUUUCUACGACAUUUCCGUGAUCGCCAAGCACGCAAACGUCGCCUGCAGAUUAAGCUUGGUCUUCGGGCAACCAAGUCUGGGCAUGCAACUCCAACCAAUAUGGCUGGUGUCCUUCCGUCGGCACUGACUUCCAAAGACGUGGAUGAAGCUACUGCGUUGCAAAAGUGGCAAGCAUCGGAAGAUGCUAGGGAUCAGGAAGAGGAUGCACUAGCAACUAAGUACGAGGCGGAGGCAGCGGCAAAGGCCACCUCUAGACUGCGUUGGCUACGUGAAGUAGCCACAACACAACUGCGUCACUUGGAAGAGGUCACCCGAGUAACGCAUCCGGUCACCAAUUUCAAACCUACCCCUGAGGAUCGGUAA